AUGUAUACACCUUACGAUAAACAAGGGUACUACAAUAACAACAACAACAGCAACAGCUUCCAACAACAACAGCAACAGCAGCAAUAUCAAUACUCUCAGCAACAGCAACAACAGCAGCAAUAUCAAUACCAGCAGUAUCAGAAUGGAUCCUCAUAUAACCAAGGAAACAAUAAUGGCGGUUUAUAUAACAUGAAACAACAGCGUUCUCAGACAGAUCUGUCUCAGCAACAACAGCAUCAGGAGUUCAUUCCAACGUCGGCAUUCCAAAACAUUCCGUCAAUGCCUCCUCCGUCGAAUUACUUCACCAAUGGAGGUUCGCCAUAUAUGAAUAACAACAACUCGUCUGGAUAUCUAGCUCAACCACCGGCAAGUCCAUCUCGCAGUAUCAGAUCCAACCUUGCUUCCGUCAAAUCGGAUACUUCUAGCUCGCACUCUCCAACGAGGCAACCACAUGGUCUUCCAUAUUCUAACUCGGGUGCAAAUGGAUCCAAUCCAGCUCUGGUUGGAUUCAAAAAGAACAUUGAGCAACCAAUCAAACCAAAUGCCCACCAAGCCAACUACGUCUACUUCGACAGGCAUCCGGAAUACUUCUCGAAGGCGUCUCAAGACAAAACUUCAGGAAUCAAGCUCAAGCUGGAACAUUAUUAUAAGACCAGCAUCGAGUAUGCCAUUGAAAGAAAUCAAAGACGGUUGAAUUUUGAGCAGAAACUGCACGAGGAAAGUUCAUCCGAACGCAAAAAUCGUGAAUUGCAGCUUUUUGGAAGGAACGAAUCGCAAUUCUUGAGACUGCGCAGAACUAGAUUGGCUUUGGAGGAUUUCCACACUGUCAAAGUGAUUGGUAAGGGUGCUUUUGGUGAAGUCAGGCUGGUCCAGAAAAAAGAUACCGGGAAGAUCUACGCCAUGAAGACGCUUCUCAAGUCUGAAAUGUACAAGAUGGACCAAUUGGCCCAUGUCAAGGCUGAGAGAGAUGUUUUGGCAGAUUCCAACUCUCCUUGGGUUGUGUCUCUUUUCUACUCGUUCCAGGAUCCCCUCUAUCUAUAUCUGAUCAUGGAAUUUCUACCAGGUGGUGAUCUCAUGACGAUGUUGAUCAAGUGGCAGAUUUUCACCGAGGACGUUACAAGAUUUUACAUAGCAGAAUGCGUGUUGGCCAUUGAGGCAAUUCAUAAGCUGGGCUUCAUCCAUAGAGACAUCAAGCCGGACAACAUUCUGAUUGAUAUCCGUGGACACAUCAAGCUGUCGGAUUUUGGUUUAUCCACAGGUUUUCACAAGACCCAUGAUUCAAACUACUAUAGAAAGCUGCUGGAUCAAGCACCAGCAACCCACCAGAAUGGGCCCCCAAGAAACUCGGUCAUGGUGGAUGCCAUCCAUCUUACUAUGUCCAAUAGACAGCAAAUGCAAACCUGGAGAAAGUCCAGGAGACUUAUGGCCUAUUCAACUGUUGGUACUCCCGAUUAUAUUGCUCCGGAGAUCUUUGUAAACCAAGGUUAUGGGCAAGAAUGUGAUUGGUGGUCUCUGGGAGCCAUCAUGUUUGAGUGUUUGGUAGGUUGGCCUCCAUUCUGUUCGGAAACUCCACAUGACACGUACAAAAAAAUUAUCAACUGGCAAGAAACUCUGGAGUUCCCAGACGAUAUUCACUUAUCUCCAGAGUCGGAAGACUUGAUCAGGAGGCUCUUGACUUCGUCAGAAAACAGACUUGGCCGUCAUGGAGGAGCAGAAGAAAUCAAGGGACAUCCCUUUUUCCGUGGUGUUAACUGGGAUGAGAUCAGACAUGUUGAAGCUCCUUUCAUACCAAAGCUGAAGUCUAUUACAGACACUAGGUUCUUCCCAUGUGAUGACUUGGAAAACAUUCCGGACUCGCCUGCACUGGCCCAAGCUGCUCAACAGCGUGAGAAGCUGAAGCAAAAUGGAGACGAUAGCAAAGAGGAUCUCCCAUUCAUAGGGUACACAUACAGUAGGUUUGAGUAUCUGACGAGAAAGAAUGCGUUAUAA